AAUUUAAAAAUCAAACCCAAUUUGGCACCUGGCCUAGUUAUCAUUCUAAGGCAUGACACCUGCCUAAUAUGUUUAUUAUAGAAAACAUAGAGAAUUAGCUAGGUGUCCCUUAUUGAACACAAUAACAAACUCAAACGUCACUACGUGUCCUCAUGACUCUUACCAUCUCCAAAACCGUAUAGCUAGCUAAAACAAAGCUGUUUCUUCUAUGGUUUAGUGUAGUCCCAACUCCCAAGCUACAAAAAAAACAUUGAAGAAAGCAUAAGCAUGGCUGGAGAAGAUGACUGGAGGAAAACGGCAGAUACGACAAAGAUGAGCUCGGAGGGAGUGAAAGCAGCCGGCGUUGAGUCAUCCAAGAGGCCGCCAGGAAGUAAUCCAGGUGGUGUUCUUCACCAACGCCGUAACUUGCCAUACAGUUACACCACGAUGGCUCUAGCCGGAUUAGCUAUCUCUGGUGCCAUCAUGUACACUGUAAUGUAUGCUAAGAAAAAGCCGGAAGCUACUGCCACUGAUGUAGCUAAGGCUGCCACAGGGACAGCUAAACCCGAAGAUACACAUCCAAGAAAGUAAAAUUUCAAGGGAAGAAUUGAAGGGUUUAUCUUUUCUUUUUUUGCUUUUGUAUUUUUGUUCUUGCUUCAUGCUCAAUGUUCUUGUUGGAACCUUUUUUUUUCUUGUAAUAAAAUAACAUAACGAGUGCAAGAAUAGAUUAUAUCAACUACUAGAGAAAGCAGAAGAAAAAAAAAAUGUUUACCAAAAAAAAAAAAAGCAGAAAAAUAAAAUGGGAGGGAUAUAUAGAACAUAAAUUGUGUUUUUAUAGAGAGGUAUCAAAGGUAUAUAUUAUUUCAGAACGAUAUCAAGUUUACCGAGUGAAGACAUAAUUUACAAUGUGUAACAGUUUUACAAGUCUUAUGAAAGAUGAUUUUCCGAUUUGGGAAGACUA